GAAGCUGGAAAGAAAAAAAACCCUCUUUUUGUUUUUUUCUUGGCAUUUCAACCUCGCUGGGAUUUCGUUUUGCUUUUUUCUCGGACGCGAACCCUAGUUCAAGGGAUGAGGGCGGUGAAGAAGCGUCCUGGGGAUAGAAUUUGUGACAUAUGUGGCGAUGCAGGAUAUACAGAAAAUCUUGUGAUUUGCUUUCAGUGCAAUACAGCUUCAGAACAUAGCUAUUGUAUGCAAAAUGGAGGAUUUGUUGGCUCUGAAUCAUGGUUUUGUGGGAAAUGUUCUGCAAGUCAUGGAGAGCAUCAUGAUGGAAAACUGAAUAGUAAACGGAAAAAUUUGGAUAUUUCUGACGUUACCAGUUCACAAUUCAAGAAGACUAAGGUUCAUGAUCUAGAUGACCUUUCAUUCAAUAUCCCGCAAAGUGGUGAGUUUGACAAUGAUGCCAUGUGUCAACCUGGAAGUAAGAAGCCAUUUCCUUCUGAAGAUAGCUCUCUUGAGAAGCGUGAUGUUGGUAAACAGCAAGUUGCUACUAAAUCGUUAUGCCGCAGUUCCUUUUUCAAUAGAAAGGAACCUUCCAAGGUAAAGCCUCUUUCUGCUGAAGAAGUUGUUCAGUUGACAUCUGGUGCUGUCGGAAGGACGUCUACUACUCGCAUUACUUCUCGCAGAAGUUUCUUCUCAUCAGCCAAUCAAAGUCAUGUGCCAAGUUUUAGACAUGUAUCACAUAGAACCCACCAAUCAAAAUCUACCAGCUCAAGGCCAGAAGAGAAUUUCCAUCAACGAAUGAAGAUCUCUUUUGAUUCAGAAGUGAAACACCAGCAUUCAAACUGCAUGAUGACGAGAGAGAAUAAUGGUAAUGAGUCUAAUGACAAGGAAGUGAGGAUAGAGAAUGAUAGAAUGCCAGGAGAAAAGGUUCCUGCAGUCCUCCAUGGCAAGCAGAUCAUGAAGCAAUCUCCUUCAACUGAUGUAUUGUCUCCAAGAUGUAAUACAUCUACAUGUUCCAGAAGUGUUUCUGCAGCACCUUACCUCUACAAAACCAGUGGACUUAGGAAGAGACAGGCUGAUAAUACUUUAGAACCAAUCAAGGAGGAGCCCUUAAAGAAUGGUGACCUCAUUGCAGUAUGCUCACCAGCUCAAAAUACCAAAUUGGCAGAUUCAGAGUGUUUGAAUUCUCGAGACAUCGUUGAUAAGAGAAAGAAAGCAACAAGUGAUGAACCAACCAAAGGUAGAGUCAUUAAAGAAGGGUGACCUUAUUGAAGGAUGCUCACCCUCACUACAUACCAAAUCAGUAGACCCGGAGUGCUUGAAUUCUCGAAUGGUUGACAUCAGUGAUAAGAAAAAGAAAACGAUGAGUGAUGGAGAAGAAACCUUUGCCAAACCUCAUGAAGCAUACAAUUUUAAAAAUGCUCAGUCUGUGAAGUCAUGUGUGGCUGAUAAGGCACUCAUCUUGCAUGACACGACAGCUGUGAAUAUGCCUCCAAGUGAUUCAGGCAA